CUUCUACAUGGGCUUCCUGUGUGAAAGAUUCCGUGACCGUAACUCAAGCGGUAAUUUCUCAGUAGAGUGCACUCAAACGGCAAACGGCUACAACAUGGCAUCGUUCAUAGCACUUCUGACCAUUUUYCUCUUCUUUAUYACUACACCAACGAAGGCUGCAAAGAUUGUAGGAUUACCUAUGUUUGGUGGGAGUCAGUACAUAGGGAUGAAGCGAAUUGCACAAGAACUCGUGACGCGUGGCCAYCAAGUCACAAUACUUGUCAGCAGCAUUCAAACUAUCAAGCCAACUCAAGGAAUAAYACAUGCCGUCUACAAAGUCCCUUAUGAAAAGGAAGUUGUCGAGAAAUUUGUCUCCUCGCAAAUUGAGGAAGGAGUGUUUACGCAAACACUUUUUGGCAAUAUAACUAUGCCACAACUCCAAGCUUCAUUUUGCGAUGCUCUUAUCAGCAACAAACAGCUUAUUGAACCACUCAAAGAUUUUGACCUUCUGGUAACGGAUUCGUCCAUGGCUUGUGGUCACGUCCUUUCGGACUAUUUAGAGAUUAAAAGAGUCGACUAUUGUCCCGUUUCACCAAGAUUCAUGAACGCGUAUAACCCAUACGAAACGUUUUUCCAGGCGUCAUAUGUUCCAAGAGUAAUGUCUUUUAACCCUGGAAAAAUGAACUUCUUGCAACGAGUGAAAAAUACAUUAMUUGCUAUGGCAACUGCAACUAUGUUUUCUGUCAUUAUGGCCAGGCCAUUAGAGAGUGUUAAAGUUAAAUACAAAAUCAAGCCAGAUAGAAGAUUGUUUGAUUCAGAGAAGGACAGUCAACUAGUUUUGUUUUUGUCUGACUUUGCUCUUGAGUAUACAUAUCCCAUUCCACCACACUAUAAAAUGAUUGGCCCAGUGAACAUCCAGCCAGCCAAACCCCUCCCCCCUGACCUGCAGCAGUUGGUUGACAAAUCCGGUGAUGAUGGAAGCAUUAUCGUGUCAUUUGGAUCCAAUAUGGCCGGUUCUAUGGCAAAAGACAAGGUCGAUAUCAUGGCAGAGGCUUUUGGUAGAUUGAAACAGCUGGUGAUUUGGAGGAUUAAGGGAUAUAUCCCAUCGUCUCUCAGCCCCAACAUCAAACCUGUUUCCUGGUUACCGCAAAAUGACUUGUUGUCCCAUAAAAACCUACGUUUGUUCGUGAGCCACGUGGGGCAAAAUAGUCUUUACGAGGCUGCGUAUCGUGGUGUUCCUUUGGUCGCCAUUCCAUUAUUUGCGGAUCAGUUUGACAACGCUUUAUUGAUGGAAAGUCGAAAGAUUGGCCUUUCUCUUGAUUACUACAAGCUAACCGCUGAUCAACUACAUAGUACUAUUGAACAUGUUAUCAAGGAACCAAGUUACCGUCAAAAUGUUCAGCGCAUUUCACGCCUGAUGCAAGACCGUCCACGUAGCCCGGUCCAGGAGGCUGGUGACUGGAUAGAGUACGCCCUUAGACACGACAGUCUUGCACAUCUUCGUCCGUACUCUGGUCAACUUUCCUGGUACCAGUAUUUCCUGGUAGAUGUAGCAGUGUUCCUGGUCUUGGUAGUUUUGGUGGUCAUUAUGGUGAUAAAGUACACAGUUCGAUUAAUGUGUUGGAUGUGCUGCCGACGAGACAAGAAACAGAAAACUCAAUAAAAAAGAAAUUUGACAAGAACAAGGUUUUACAAUGUGCUGAAAAAUUAAAAAAUUCCAGCCAAAAAAGAGAUUCUGUUCGAUUUCUAACGAAAAAAGUCUUCCUCGAAGAAAUGUUCGAGUGUUCUUGAUAUUCAAACUAAACUUAUCCUCUGAACAACAUUGAAAUGAAGGGGUCAGAGGCAAUCAAAUACGGUUGUCAAAAAGUGGUUCUUGUACCCUCUCACCUUCGAAGCCAAAUUGAUUUAGAAAAACUUAGAAAGAUAGAAUCUCAACAUUGCAAUAUGCGGAAAUUCGUUUAGACUUUGCUUUAAUCAGAUGAGGAAAUUAGUGUUCUCGUUUCUCUAUGAUUGUGUAAAAUGUCCAGAACAAUAUAUUUAAUAUGUGAAGUUGAUAUAAUUCUAUGACGUCACAUCCAUAUCAUGUGACGUCAUACUGAGAAGUUUGGGUGACGGCGAAUCCUGGAUACACCGCAUGUUGUUCCACUGCCAUACUUGUAACUAAAAUCGCUUCGAAACGAGAAAUCAUUUAAGGAAACAAUAGAUAAGUUUUGUUUUCGAUGUCUUUUCCACUGUGUUAGCCUUAAUUGUGUGUAAAAUACGCAAUAAAACUCGAGGAAGUUCGAACUA